UGAUAAUGUUUUAGAUAUCCCACUGAGACCAGAGAACCAAGAUGAGUGCGAAACGGGUUCCACGGCUCCCUUCGCUGAGGCACCACUUGGCCUUGCGUGGCGACGCCGUGUCACUGGCCAUGGGUUUGGCAAAUGCAGCCUCGCCCAGCAGCGUCGAAAUGGAGGGGUGUUCUGCGUCGACGGAGACGCUGCAGACGACGCAGGCCAACGACGAGUGGAUGGCAUCGCUGAGCCUGGCAGCCCCGGAGAUGCUGCUGCUCCCAUGCUCUGUUUUUCUUUUGGAGCCAGAUGACACCGCCACUGCCUGCUUGACCACACCUUUGGUGCUGGCCAUGGAUCCUUCAAUACAGGUUCAAGGGAUGCGGUUCACGGUCUUUGACGAACGAGAUCAAGUUCAUCCGGU